GUGACGGUGUGGAAGUAUGUGGAGUGGAAUCUUGCCUCUAUUCCUCGCCGGGCUGCAGCUCCUCUGUACAGAGCGUGUCCGCUACUGUCAAGCCCAGAGGCUGUCUGUGGAUAAGAACGACACUCUGGUCCAGAGCGCGAUGAGGGAACAGCGGUACUACCUGCUCCGUCUGUUCGGGCACUAUGGGGACAACGGCAAGCUGACCUUCGAGGGGCUACACAGGCUGCUGGUCAAUCUGGGUCUGGGCGCGGUGCAGGUGGUGGAAAUCGAACACGAAGAUCUCGGGCACGCACACGUCUCGCACUUGGACGUUCUCGACCUGCAGGAGAAAGGACAUGUACAUAGCCACGUUCUAGACGACCACCAUGCCGACCAACCCACCAGCAAGGUGGAGGCUAACUCUGCGACCAACCCCUCCACACUGAGCCACAGAUUGGAGCAGAGAGCCAAGACCAAGAGAGGACUUCCUGCUUUGGGAAGAGACGAUGACUUGUGGAACCGUAGGCCCAGCGGCUCCAAAGUCGGGAGGUUGGCACGUCAGAGUGUCGAUGAAACAAAGUCCACCCUCACAUUGGCCAAGGACAUCACCUUCAACCACUCCAAAUUCAACCACUGGCACGGAAAUUGUUUGAAUGUAAGCCAGCUUCUGGUGAACUUUGGAUUGAGUUCUGUGGACGAGAUUACUAUGCAACAGUUUGCGUACAUCUGUCCAGCAUUGUUGCAUCAGAUCGACAGCCGUGUCUGUAUCUACCAUCACGACUGGCUCAAGAAACAGCAGACGAAUGAUCACUCCACAUCAGUGUGGCUCUGUGGCUUUGCAGCCAUUACUGCGAUCAGCCUGACAUCACUGAUGGCCGUUGCUGUAAUACCGUUCCUGGGGCCAUCUGUGUCCGAAUCGCUUCUCAACUUCCUUGUGGCACUAGCUGUGGGCACGCUCGCAGCUGAUGCCCUGCUACAUCUCAUGCCUCAUGCCCAGGAUCACACACACAAGACUCCAGAGAGCAGUACAGGGCACUCAUUACUGGAGGGGAAGGAUGCGAUUUGGAAAGGCCUGACUGUACUGGGUGGAAUCUACCUCCUCUUUCUCAUCGAGAACCUCAUAGGUUUGUCCAGGAACCACGGUAGAAAGAUCAAGUCGACAGAUAAAAGGCAGCAGGCGGCCAUGACAGGCCUCAAAAUGGAAGAUUGUGUCAACGUCGAAGCAGGCCGCUUGGAUCCUGACCACGAGAAGAUGCUGAAGGUGUCACUGAGUGACUGCCAACGUUCAGAGGCUUGUGACGGGGAAGAUCUGGAUGAGACGGUGACAGAGGUGACGUCUCUUGGACAUUCCAGCCACCCACGGGCCGGUGAAAGUGAGCAAGGCCCCCGACGAGAUGACUCCAGCCUCAAGCCACAAGGCCGAUCCUGUACGCACUCCCAUGCACUGGUUGGCGCGCAGGGCUCUGGGAUGGCGAAUAUUGCCUGGAUGGUGAUCGUAGGAGAUGCCGUGCACAACUUCACCGAUGGCCUCGCCAUUGGGACUGCGUUCUCCACUGGCAUCUCCGGAGGGUUGAGCACCACCAUUGCUGUCUUUUGCCACGAACUUCCUCAUGAACUCGGUGACUUUGCUGUGUUGAUACAGGCAGGGAUGGAGGUGAGGAGAGCUGUGAUAUUUAACCUGGUGUCGGCUGUCUUCAGUUACCUGGGCAUGGUACUGGGGAUUAUAGUCGGACAAAACACAGUCAACGUAACUUCUUGGAUAUUCACCAUUACUGCAGGCAUUUUCCUGUAUGUGGCGUUGGUCGACAUGCUCCCCGAAAUGCUACGAAGCCAAUCCAACGGCAGACGCAAGCGACAUCUCGGACAGUUUUUGGGGGAGAACCUGGGCUUCCUGCUGGGAGCUGGAGUCAUGUUGUGCAUCGCACUGUUUGAGGAUCGACUUCUCUUCGACUACAGCUAUUAAUAUUGUGAAGCCACGUGGAGAGGAGCAGCGCAGUUCCUCAUACGAUGAAUGAAUGAAUAAGUUUAUUGGCCAAGUAUUCACAUACAAGGAAUUUGCCUUGGUGCUCCGCCCGCAAGUGACAACAUGACAUGCAGUGAGGAAUGACACAUAAAACAUUAUUAAUAAAAUGAUAAAUAUGAUACGAUAGAAC